UUCACCGUAUCAUGCCGCUGUCGUUCGUUUCCUUCUGAAUUUGCCGCAGCUUUUCUUUAUUAUAUUCGCUUCCGCUGAAACAUUUUAUGCUCAAGACUCAUCAGUGCAGCUUUUGUGGGGAAAAUAAAUAAUUUGGUUAAACAGCCAUGCUGCUGGUGGACGCUGGUGUGUACAUCGGCACUGCGGGCGACCUGAACGACAGGCAGGCGUUGGACGCAGCGUCUGUUACCCACGUCCUGUCUGUGGACUCCGUGGAUCCCGGGCCGCUGCUCCCUGCUGACGGGAGGCUCUCCAGGAAGUGGAUCGACGUUCUCGAUGAAGCCGCAUCUGACCUCCUCAGUCACAUGGAUGCCUGUUUUGUCUUCAUUGAGGAGGCGGUUAGCGCGGGCGGGGCAGCACUCGUUCACUGCCAGGCCGGUCGGAGUCGCAGUGCCACCGUCGUAACGGCGUAUCUGAUGAAGAAACAUCGGCUGGGCUUCACUGAGGCCUACAACAAACUGAAAAGUCUCAAACAGGAUGUCCAGGUGAACAGUGGCUUUGAGGAGCAGCUGCGCCUCUACGAAGCCAUGCACUGCGAAGUGGACCUGUCCAGUCCCUCCUACAAACAGUACAGACUGCAGAAGGUCACAGAGAAAUACCCAGAGUUACAGCAGGGCGCUACAGAAUUGCCCAGGGAGAUUUUUGCGUGUGACCCCGCCCACUCCAACUCCUCUGAAUUGUCUUACAGAUGCAGAAAAUGCAGACGGACUCUGUUUCGCGGCUCCAGUAUUCUCAGUCAUUCUGUAGGAGAGGGAGCAUCAGCCUUCAGUCACAAGAAGCCCAGUAACCUCACAGGAGAAGUCCAGUGCACGUCGUACUUCAUCGAGCCGGUCCAGUGGAUGGAGCCGGCGCUACUUGGAGUGAUGAAUGGACAGCUGCUGUGUCCAAAGUGUCGCUCCAAGCUGGGCUCGUUCAGUUGGUGUGGAGAUCAGUGUUCGUGCGGCCGCUGGGUCAUGCCCGCCUUUCAGCUGCAUCGCAACAGGGUAGACGAGAUCCGGCUGGUUCACAUUCAGAAAUAAGACACCACACACACACACACA